AUGACCGCAAAAACCCUACUGAUCAUCAAUCCUAACUCCUCCAAGUCGGUGACCGAUAACUUGGAACAGAUUCUCAAGCCCAUUCCCGAAAUAGAAUUCCAGUUCUUCACAGGUCCUUCGUCCGCUCCACCAGAGAUCGAUGGACCUGAAACCUCACACCAAUCAACAGAGGCGUGUUUCCCAAUACUCAAGGAGAAAUACCUUGGUAGAUUUGAUGGAUACCUCGUCUGUUGCUAUUCAGAUCAUCCCUUAAUUUAUAAAUUGCGUGAGGUAACUACCAAACCGGUUCUGGGAAUUUUCCAAGCAACGAUGCUGUAUUCUCUAGCAUAUGCUGGUUCAGCUUACAAGUUUGCAAUUUUGACCUCCACUAGCUCUUGGGAGAAGAUUCUGGAUGAUGCAAUUCUGGAUUUCCUGUAUGGUCCAUCAGGUAAGCGUUUAAACUUCAGUUCUCUGCCUUUACUCGGUUAUCUACAAGAUCCUCUCUCAACGGCUGCUAACUACAUUUUGAAUCUUUUUACAGACUCAAGCAGGUCAUUGCCUUCAUUCUGCCUCCCUACGGUAGCUGCCAACGUGAAUGUCCUGGAAUUGAGGGAUCCUGCCAAGUUUGAGGGCUUGAAGAAAAAGGUUCAGAAGUUGGUUGAUGAAGGUGCCAAGAUCAUCUUGUUGGGAUGUGCUGGUUUGAGUGGAUUGGAUGUCCAGUUCAAAGAUGUUUUUCCUGGAAUCAAAUUUGUUGAUUCCGUCGCGGUGGGGGUAGAGUUGUUGAGUGGGCUGGCUCGGUUUGAUAGCGAGAGCUGA